AUGGAUCGUUCUCGUGAACCAAUAACAAUCGAUAAAGUACUCGAUAUCAUUAGACAAUACAUUGAAGCAGCUAAACAUGUUCAUCAGUAUCAAGCGGAAUGUGAAGCAAUGUCUGAACGUCUUGUACGUUUGAUGGACAAGUUGGAUGGUUCAAGUGAACAGUUGCGCCGUGAGUUAGGAAAUGUAGUAUUCGACAACAUUGUUCUUAAUUUAUUUCGUACUCUGAGCAGAAUUCGAAAUUCUAUAUCUGAAUGUCAGCAUCCGAAUGAGGCAUUAAAGGGACCAAAGAAACUAAUCGCUCAACAAGCUCUAAAAAGAGAACUCGACAACGCCAAAUUUGCGUUGAUAAACUAUGAGGCUGAUUUGACUGCUGAUUUGGAGAAGAAAAAAGAAAUUCUGUCAGUAGCACUUCGCGAAAAACGCGUAGUAGAUAAAAACCGCCAAAAUACACAAAUUGAUGAACGCUCUAAACUAUUCUUGAACAUGAUCGGAACAGAAAUGGAAUUAAUGAAGAAGAACAACUUGCCAAUUCUGUAUGAGAAUCAUGAGAAAAUUAUUAAGCGCUACCUAAGUCAUUGUAUGAAUGUUCACGCCCGCAUCCCAAUUGUAGGAUUAGAAGCUACUAUGAAAGACUUUGUCACCAAUAUCUAUCAAUUACCACCGUCAGAAUUUUCUGUUGAAGCUACUAGUGAUAUUCGUACCAUUGAAUUACCGGUCGAAUCAGUCUAUAUCCAUUUGCAGGCCGAUCGAUCGACUGCAUUUGAGCGAGAACAAGCUAGAAAAUUAAUUUCACAGAAUAAUGAUGACAAUGACAGAGAAAAAGAUGUAUAUAAUCGAGAGAUGAUGAUAGGACUAGCGUCAGAACCAGUUAUGUAUUCACUGAUCGAAAGAGAACGAGUUAAUAAGGAGAAAGAAUCCGAUAAAUCGAAUUUUCGAGAAAUAUUGCGCAAUAAUCGAUGGAUUGUCAUACUUGGCGAUCCGGGAAGUGGAAAGACGACGUUUGUUCGAUGGCUUCUAUCAAGAUAUAUUCAAGAAAUAGAGAAAGAUGAACAGAAAUUGCGCAGUGAUGCUAGUGAUCAAGAUAGAGAUGAUCAAGAAGAAGAUGAGGAAAAGAACAGCAAAGAUGAAACGUUCGUGGUAGGACCUCCUCGUAUGCCUAUUCUCAUUCGUGUUGGUGAAUUUGUAGAAGCUCUUCAAAAAAACAAAGACCUUUCUCUCAUUGAUUACAUUGGUUUUCACACAUGGAUGGGAGAUUCCAUGUUAAAUUUCAAACCUGGGCAGAGCAAAGAUGAUCAACAAAAACAAAUGAAACAGUUACAAAUUGCUCUGCACGAUUAUAUCAAAAAAGGUUACGCACUUAUCGUGUUAGAUGGUCUUGAUGAAAUCCCCGAAUCCGAAACUAGAAAAAAUGUUGUUACUUUAGUUGAGGAUUUUGUAGCAAAUUAUGUUCAGACGCCAUCGAGUGUUUCUGUUUUCGAUGAUCAAUUCAUCAACGGAGAGCUCGAUAUUCCUUAUAAGGCUGGUGGAAACCAACUUAUAAUCACUAGUCGAAUAGUAGGCUAUCAUAAACAACCGUUGAGUGGUCAAUUCUCUCACUAUACCAUUCUACCGAUGGAAAUGGAUGAUACGAAAAAGUUUGCCGAUCAUUGGUUUGAGACAGUUCACAAGAAAAUGAUCUCAUUGUUGGAACUCAAUAUUUUAGAUGAAGUAAGAGAAAAUGUUUGUGCACAUCAAAUUGAAUUGUUGAAAACAGAACUAGACAAGCCGGGAAAUAAGGGUUUACGUCAUAUGGCGUCAAACCCUUGUUUGAUGAAUUUCAUUUGUCUCAUUGCGUUUCGAACACGUGGCGCUGAAUUACCUGCUCAGCGCAUUCGUCUCUAUGACGAAAUGGCCAUGUUGAUGAUGAAGCUGUGGAUAGCUAAAGGCCCUCAUGGUUUUGUAGCACAGCAAAACGUAGUUCAUAAGAUUCUGUGUGAUAUUGCGCUCUACAUACAUCAAAAUUGUCCUAGUGGAUUGAUUGAAAGAACAUAUUUGAAAAUGGUAUGCUUAAAAUCUCUACAGGAACGCAUUAGAGCGACAAAUAAAAAAGAACAAGAGCAAUUAGUUGAGCAGUGCGUUGAUCAAUUUGAACGCAAUGCUGGAAUUCUGGCCGCGCGUGGUCAGCAUUUAUAUGGCUUUUUACAUUUGACAUUGCAGGAGUAUUACACAUGCAGGAAUAUAAUAUCCAUUGAAAAAAACAAAAGUUGGUCAGCAAAUUUAGCCAAAAUCUUUCAAGAGCACAUCACAGAUCCGCGAUUUCGUGUUCCAUUAACAUUAGCUUUAGGUUGGAUUAGUUUGAAAAAGGAAAAGUCGGAGCUUGAUGAAUUUUGUCAAGCACUCUUCACAUCAAAUAAUCAUUUAUCACGCUAUUUUCCUCUUGAAAUUCUUAUGUUUAUAACAUCCAUAGAUGAGUUGGAGAAAUUACCAUCACGAGGAAUAAUAUUCACAGGAUUGAGUCGCCUACUAUCGAUCGCUGCGAAGAAUAAUUGGCACACAAACUAUCCAAAUCUUGAGAAUAGAAUGGCGAUUGGCUUGCUUAAAUUACCCAGAGAGCAGAUAGAGGCGUGGAUUUAUCAAGAGUUUUCUUCCGAAAACGCAACGAUAGAAUCCAUUAGUUCCCUUUGUACAUUAUUGAAAGAAUGUGAGAAAAUCGCUCAAUCAGAAGAAAAUAACGAGAAAAACGUGCUUCUAAAACAGUGGGCUAAUAAAAAUGCUUGUAAAUAUUUACUGAAGUAUUUGCCUGAUGAUAAUAUCGACAAUCAAUUUCUAAUUGAUGCAGUACUUACGAAAAUUGCGAUUAAAGGGCCUAAAGCUCUUCCAUCCAAUGAUCUGAGAACAUUUUUCAUUGAGAACCCGAAAUGUUUACCUCAGUUGAAUUUACCAGUGUUAGCAGCGAUUAUCGCACUUUACGGAGGAUUAACAUUAUCGUACGAAAAAAAUAAAAAGGAUCGCGAGAAAACUUAUAAUUAUGAUGAUUUGAUGGUGACAUCAGCUGAUUUCGCAGUUAUUUUUUCACAAAAAUGUAUGCAUCGUAGUUCUCCACUCACGCCCCUUUUUAUCGAGUAUAUUCGUGGUGAACUGAGUGGCAAUCAAGCAGGUGCUCAGUCUACUUUCAUCGAGCGUAUUAAACAGGAAGCAAGGAAGAUUCGGCCUGAUGACCCAUCAUUAAAGGCAGUCGACACAUUCAUUCUCAUGUUUUGUAUUGUUGGCGUCGAUGAAGUUUGGUUAUAUAAGGAUUUUGUUAAACAUAGAGCAUUUCACUUAGCCAUCGAUCGAUUUAAAGGAAUUUCUAACUAUCUACGACAAUUCUAUUUCAUUCCAGAAAUAUACAAUAAAUAUGAAAGAAGCAUCAGUAGUAAAGAAAGUCUUUUAUCCAAUUUUGAUAAUUUCAAUGAAUAUAUGUAUAAGAAAAGUAUGACCAAUCAAAACUCGACAUAUUUGAUCGAUUUAUUCAUGAAUUGGCAUCAGACCAUUGAUAAAGUUCGUCAUCAACCAUCGUCAGUGAACGAUGUCAAAAUUCUAUUCACUUUCAUCGAUUCGAUUUGCCGUGGUCGUGCACGUCUGUGUACAUCAACACGAACUUAUUUUACUAAUAAAUGGUUAUGUAAGUCAGAUCAACGUUUUUUGUUGUUACCGAAAUUCUUUCGAAAACAAGAAAACUUAAAACAACUGCUAGUUUCUACAUCGAAUGAAUCAUCUUUUCCCGGUCUAUCUCUUUCUAUGUUUUUACGCACUUUAUGGAUGUUUAAUGAUACUCGUCAUGGUGUAGACAUUUCCGAAGUGAUAAUUAAUAAAGCCGAAUGUUCCAUGCUUUUUGAGUAUGAUAGAAAUCAUAGUUUUGCGCUAGCAUUCGUUCCGAAACAUCUACAAUUAUUAUUUUCGUGCGCAAUGCAAAAAGGUCAUAUUUUUGUGCAACGUAAUUAUGAGAAUCCAGUUGCGACCGGAAAGUCAAAAUACGCUAUAUCUUUUGCACACAUUCUCUGUACUAGUCUAUUGUCGGUAUGUACUUCGCCUAUUUCAUAUGCUUGCCAAUCGGCUCUUGUCGCUCUUUUACCACUUGCUCGUUUCUAUCGAUUAGAACAUUUGAUUCUUGCUCUUCUUUAUUGGAGUAAAAUAAACUCAGAACAUGAUCCCGAUGCUGUCAAAUGGUAUUUUGAAGAAAUGAAGAGACCUAGAGAUCAUGACCAAUUUUCAUAUAGUGACAAUUAUCAUAAACUUACGGACGUUGAUCGAAUCGAACUAUCGGACACAGAAGUUGAUGAAAGUCUUCGAAUUGCGCUUGAACAGGUGGUACGUCGUGUACGCGAUGCUCUCCAACUAUUGAAAUCACGCAACUCAGUAGAAAAAACAAAUCUAGAAAUCUUUUCUGCAUCUAUCUCUUUGGGAUAUUUAUGUUGGGCAUCAGAAUCUGAAGAAAAGAAAGUCCUUUUUGAAGAGGCAAUACAGGCAGCUUCAAAAAUUAGUGAUGAACUAGUACGUCUAGAUGCACUCAUUGUUCUUGCAUCUUGCCCUUUCCUUCGUUCAUCUGAGUAUUUCUCGUCGGAUCUUAACCAAAUAAGAGCAUCACUAAAUGAUUCAACGAAAAAAGCGUUUUCAACACUACCAUCUGACCUGACGCCGCUAGUAUCUGUUUCAUUCGUAGAUCGCUAUGUCUCUUUAGUGGGUGCUGAUGAUAAGAUCAUUGAGAGAAUUGAUCAUAUUCUAGAUCAAACGGAUCAUUUGAAAGAUGAAGCUGACCGGCAAGCUGUGUGCAUUGCGCUUGGCGCUUCCGUCAAUUUGAGCCCUGAAAUUUCAUCGAAACUUUUUGGACUUAUGCAAGAAUUCACUGUAUCCUCUGUACUUGCACGCGCUCAUGUUCUUCAGUUUGACUCACCCUUACUACGAUACUUUGCGAUAAACUCAAAAGAACACAAAACAAACCCAUAUUCCUUCUUGUAUGAUAGAGAUCAUUCUCAGUCGAUUUCCGUACUCUAUGCUAGCCUCUAUUUAGCUAACUUGUCGAGUGAUGUUCAAAAGUUAUCGACUUGGUUGAAUAGUGCUCCUUUAUUGAAAGUUGAUAUUAGUCGUUUGUUGGAUCGACAAAAUGGUCAAUCACAAGAAAAGCGUAUUUUGACAUAUUCACAUAUUAAUGCUAUUGAAACAAAACUUAGCUUACUCGAGAAAGAACAAGUUUCUAAUGAAGUUACUAUAUUAUGCAUAGACUUAUAUGAUUUAUAUCACUGUGAAUGGAGUGCACAACCAUUCCUUAUGAAAUGGUUGUCGUACAAAAAAGAUUCUCCCUAUUAUGCUCUUGCCUGUCAUGCUGCUCUCAUCUUGGGUAGAUCUAACGUGUGGACAGUUAAAAAUGUGCAUAUUAUUUGUGAUUUACUUGAAAGUAAUAACGACCGAUUACGUCAAGAAACCGAAUGUCUUCUAAACGGAAAUGAGAGAAAAAGUAGUGAAUUAGGCUGGGAUAUAUUGAUUAUAUUUAUUGAACGCUUUAUUUCUUAUGAAACGAAAUCUACAUAUGCUUCCCUGGUGUUAAGUUGGUUUUUUGAAAAGUUGACUAUUGACAGUACAGAACACUUGAAAGAAAUUAUUGAGUUGGAGCAAAAACGAACACGUUUUCAUAAGAACUAUAAAAACAAUACAGAAGAAUUAACUACAGCGAGAGAAAAACAGAAACUAUUUGAAAACUCUUCGCCAAUCGCUCGUUGGUUUGUUCAUUUGACUCCUGAUGUAUUACAAUAUUUUCUAACAUAUUUACAAGCUUUUAUCGGUGAUCUGCCGGCUAGAAGAAAUCGUGAUAGAUUGAAAUUAACAGAGUCACAGCUACUGUUCGUUUUCAGUUGGUGCGCAAAAAUACUCAGUGUUGAUAGUAAUGGUGUUGAUAUGAUAUUGAAGAUGUUAUCGAAAAUUUUGACAGGCAAAUAUUCAUCGAAUGCUCAAUACAGUGCAGCAUUUGUAAUAGGUCAUAAUAGUAAACAAGAAGCACAGGAAAUAUUGCUUGAUGUUCUUCAGAAUACACAAGGGUCGGAUAUAAAUAUUUCCGAACGUGUUUUAGCUAUGUGCAUUCAUGCAUAUUGUUGGUCGCGUACUUUUAAUAAAAUUAAAAGAUCUAAAGAGGAGAAAAAUAAUAAAGAUAAAAACGAAGACGAAGACGAAGACGAAGGCGAAGACAAUAAGAAAGGAAACGGUCAGGAAGAUGACAAUGAAAUUGUUAGUCUUUGCGAAAAAAUGUUAAGACAUAGUUCGUCAGAUGUUCGGGAUGCUGCCAGUAUCGAAUUGGCAAAAGUAUGUCACGAUAUUGGAAAGCUUCUCGAAUACUUUGAAACUGAUCCUGAGCGUUGUUAUCAGUCGUUGAUUCGUGUUCGUAUCGAUAAAAACGACACAAAAGCAUUGAAAACACAUUCGAAAUCUGUCGUUGAAUUAAUUAAAGCUCAUCCUGAUCUUUUAAGGAUUUAUAUCAUAGAUCUUUAUGAUACUAUUAAGCAUUUUGGAGAUGAGAUCGAGCCUUAUCCAGAAUGGUCGACAGAAUUCAAUGACUUGUGCCUUAUUGAUAUUGCUUGCGAUCUUGUUGAGGAGAUGCCAUCAGCAUUUUUCCAUGAAAUCGAUCAAAUGAGUGAGCAAGAAAAUCUUCAAAAAGCAUUAUUUCAAGCCAGUAAACAGCAUAACAUCAAACGACGUAAUGCAUGCAUAAAAUUACUUGCUUCUUUUGGAGAUUUUAAUCCCGAAAUUUGUGAUUUAUUGAUUGAUGUGGUUGUUGAAAAUCCUUCGACUCAAGAGAUUUGCCUUAAUGCUAUUAAAAAUUUCCGCAAACCUCGUGCAUCUGCACAAAAGGAAAGUGCUUUACAGCAGUUGGAUCAAAUUCUAGAACAGAUGGAACCAAGCAUCAAAGAGCUAGAACAACCACUAGUGCAACUUAAAUCAGCACUUCUUGAACUUGAAAAUCCACAAAAUUGUCUAAAGAAAAUUUUAGCUCUAUUGGAGUCAAUCAUCAACCAGUUAGAAUCAGACCAAAAAGAAUUCAAAUCGAAUCUGACACAAUUCGAGUCAACGCUUAAGAAUCUAAAGCCAAUUCUGAAGCAAUGGAAAUUUGCAUUCGAUCAUCUUAAUGAAUAUCUUCUAUCUCCGUCAUUGAUUCAACGUUGGGCCGCAGCUGUUUUUUUUGAAAGAUUAGUUCAGUGUAAUGUAGUUUCCGCACAUCGUGUGCAGCAUCUUCUUAGUAACGCAAUCGAGGACCCAGUCUCGAAUUCUAAAAUUUGGCUAGGUAAAAGCGACGAUAGCCAGAGCGUGUAUAAUUGUGUUGGGUGUCUCAAACAUAUGUUGUAUAAACUACUAAUGCGCAUGUCAUCUGUUGACGAAACAUUAGCUGAAACAAACGUUGUCCAAACUAGGAAUCGGCUGCUCGAAGAUUUCGACGUAUCUGAGAUCAAUGCUAAUCUAUCCUCAUGUGUUAAUAUUGAUGAAGAUCCGCUUGACUCUGAUUAUGAAACUGAUGAGAGUGACCAUAUAGAUCGACAAAAGAUAAAUAUUAUUUUACCGAGACCAAAUUCCUCCCAAGUCCCGAUUGAAAAACCUGAAGACUCCACAGGUCCUUCACGAGUCAGACCAAGUUCAGCAAGAGUUACCGCAUCACCGGUACCUUCAAAUAACCCUGCUAAUAAUAGUAAAGUUUGCAGUAUGAUGUAG